UAGCGGUACAAGAAGAAUAAAGGCCUUGUGGAAAAAAAUACUAGACACUGAAAGCCCAACCCUCUCCUCCUCUCAUCUCUUCUUCCUCCAGUCCCCCGAUCUCCGCCGCAGUCGCGAGGGUUUAGAGCUCGUAGGGUUCAAGCCUUGCGUUGUGCACUGUGCUGUGGUGCCAGGUAAGUUGUGGACUUGGCGGGUCUGGUCGCGUGCAGUGCGCCGUCCCACUCCCAUGGCGGCGCCGUGGUGGGCGGCGGCGCUGGUGACGCUGGGCGUCGUGGGGUUGGCGGCGGGUCCCCGGGGUUGCGCCGCGCAGCCGGUGGUGCUGACCAGCUACGGCCAGCCCAAGCUCUCGCUCAGGCCCUACGACUGGACCUACCUCCGCGUUGACUUGCCGGCAUCAUUUUCUUCUAUCACCAUGAACUUUGCAACCGACAGAGAUAUUCCCAGGGAGCACUUAAAAGAUCUUCCGAAAAGUGAUCUUGCUAUCAUCUGUUUGAUGAUUGCCAACCCUCCUAUUCCUGAUACAUCUGAUUAUUAUUUGGACAAUUUAUUAUCAAACUUUCUUGCUGUUGGAUCUUUUGGCAAUACGAAUAACCAAUCAAAUCUGGCUCAGUGCAUACCAUUUCAGAAGAACACAACGAUAGUGUUAACGAAUGGCCAGAUAUCGCCAGGGAUUUGGUACAUUGGUUACUUUAAUGGCCUUGGACCUGCUCGCACACAAUCAAAGAUGAUUAGCCGAGGGAGAGCACUAUCAGUGAGCACUAGCAUUACGGUAGAAGGAUGUCCUACUUCAGCACUAUGGGGACCCUACUGCAACCAAACUAUUGAAACUAUUGGUUGUUCUCAGUUUUCAAGAUAUAACAACUCAAGAGAUCUUCUAGGUCUGACUAUCAACACCCGGAAAAUAUUGAAAACUAAAGAAAAUACUAGACGUACCAGCUUCUUAUCAAGGUCGAACCAUCCAAUAGGACAUCAACUCGAGUCCAAUGGUACUAGCGUAGUGGGAGUGGAGAAUUUGAUCACUUGUGCCAUUUCAAAUGACUCACUAUGCCUCAGGCAAGGCGAUAUAAAGUUUUACUUCUUGGAUAUAGUCAACCAAGCACUGCAAUUUGAAAUUACAGCUGCAAAUUUUAGAUUAUCCCAAAGUGCAUCCUUAAUCUGUUAUCUGCGCUGCAACGCCUUACCUCAGAGAGAUUUGCACGAUUAUUCAGGUGAUAUUAGCAGUGCUCCCUUGGUUAUAAAGCUGCCAAAUAUUGGACGAUGGUAUAUCGCAAUUGAGAUUCUGAACAAAACACAGAUGAGAAAUACAACCGCACCUAUGCUGGAUACAAUUUGUUUCUCAUUUGAUUGGCAAGUAACUGGAUGUCUGAAUGGAAAAACUGGAACCGACUGCUCAUGGGAAGCAUAUGUGCUACAGAGAGUUCCUAAAAGAAAUCCUUCUGUUCCUUUUGAGUCAUAUUAUGUUCCUACUGAUGAGGGGGCAUUGCUGGAAUAUAGUCACUUCUCGCUCGAAAAGUUCUUAACCAACUCAUCCUUUGAGCAAUUUGCAUGGACUUAUUUCUUUUUGGAUGUUCCCCAAGGUUCAGCAGGUGCACUUAUUCAUGUCCAGCUAAAGUCAGAUAAAGAAUUGAAUUAUGAGCUGUACUCAAAAUAUGGUGGUCUACCAUCAAAUGAUAGUUGGGAUUAUUACGCAAGCAGGACAAGCAGCAGUAACGGUUCAGUAUUCUAUUCGCUACAGAAUUCCACGGAUUCAGACAUGGAUCUAUCUAUUUUCUAUGCCAAGGAAGGAACUUGGUGCUUCGGAGUCAAGCAUCCAAAUUAUACUUCAAAUUCUCAGACAUAUAUGUCUAUAUCUCUUCAGGGAUGCCAUAGAAAUUGUAAUCAGAAAGGUGUUUGUCAUGCUUCAGUUGAUGAAAGCGGGUUAACAUUCUACAGCUUCUGCACUUGUGAUCGUGAUCAUGGUGGGUUCGAUUGCAGUGAUGAAUUAGUUUCACCUAAUGGGCACAUCAGGCAGUCUGUCUUUCUAAUCGCAUCAAAUGCUGCAGCAAUUUUACCUGCCUUCUGGGCCCUCCGGCAAAAGGCGUUUGCCGAAUGGAUUCUUUACACGUCUAGUGGAAUUUCUAGUGCUUUGUACCAUUCAUGUGAUGUGGGCACCUGGUGCAUACUAUCUUUUCGUGUAUUACAGUUUUUGGACUUCUGGCUUUCAUUCAUGGCUGUUGUUGGUACAUUCAUAUAUAUGGCUACAAUUAAAGAAGCUUCAAAGCGAGCAAUGCAUACUGCUGUGUUUAUUCUGACAGCUAUUUUAGCUGCAACUGGUGCCACCAGAUCUGCCAAUAUUGGUAUAGUCGUUGCUAUUGGUUCAUUUGGCCUGCUUAUUGGAUGGAUAUUGGAAUUCUCUACCGCACGAAGAUUUGUAUGCUGCUCGUGGCGAAUUAACCUCAAUGUGCCCCAUAGAUGGCCAAACCUCGCGGCUUUGUUCUGGAAUACUCUGGAGAUGCUGAACAAGCGGUUCCGUUGGCUGUAUUUACUUUUUGGUUUCAUCACAUUAUCUUUUGCAGCUUUAAGCUGGAAGCUAGAAUCAAAUAGUAGCUAUUGGAUUUGGCACAGUAUGUGGCACAUAACUAUCUACACAUCUUCAUUCUUCUUCUUAUGUUCAAUGCGUGUCAACACUACGAAUCAUAGUCCGGAGACAACCUAUGAGUUGACAAGGCAAGAUACCUUGCCAACGACAGAGUCAAGUCAGACCUAAGGAAUAUCGGGAGAACUGUACUCCAUACCUUCUGGUGGUAAACUAGAGAUCCAUGGACAAAGGUCUUAUCUUACUACAGCGAAGAGCUUGAUACCAGAUUCUUUCUGGCAGGAUAUAUAUGGCUCCCUUGCAAUUUGGGAUGUAACGCACAGUUAUUUGAGGGAUAUUGGGACUACACAUGUAAAUUGGUUGUCACCUGCAUCACAUAAUAAUUGUAGAUAGCAUGGUGCAGGGAAAACAUUGAUUAGGAACUAGGCAGAUCACUCGAUUGGGUGUCACAGCUAGUCGGAUGAUAUAGGUGGAAAACAAGUAGGCAAGGUUACCCAGGUUCAUGCACUCUCGGUGGAUGUAAAACUCUACUUCAUGCUUGAUUGUAUUGAUAGAUGGGGUGUACAAAGUACAGGGAUGAUCUUGGGGUGUGUUUGAUUGGCGAACCAAAUGCAUUGUAAUGAAAUGGUUCCAUUCCAGUGGAACGGGUCAGUUUCAUUCUAGUGUUUGGUAGUAGGCAAAAAGUACAAUGGGUUGGUUUCGCUCCUGUAUUUGGUUAAAGAGUUGUAAUGAAAAGUAGAAAGCAUAAAAUUUGAAUUUUUGUUUGUAUUUUCAA